AUGAUUAUUCUUAAUUUCCAGGACACUCUUAUAACUGCACAACGUGCCCUUGCAGUUCACUAUGGAAACAGUUACCCUUGUAGCAAUAGGGUUCAACAAAGCUUGAGGGAGAUAUUAAAUCAGAAGUUUAAUGGGUCACAUAGGAGCUUUACAGAAAAAUUUCUUAGACCAACUACAUUACUUCUGGAGAAACUCAAAGCUGAGGUGAAUAUUAUAUAAUCUUCCAGAUUGUAUGCAUUGAACUGAUUUUGUGAAUCAUGAUAGCUGCCACAAAUGCUUUACCCUGUUGCUUCUAAAAUCUGAUGAGUGAUUCUCUCAAGAGAGUCAUAAAUUAGCCUUUCAAAUAAGACAGGAGAAUCUGCUUCUUUAUCAAAAAAUACCCUCUAACUGAUAAGCUUGUAUGUUCUCAUCAACUAUUUGUAAGAUAACAUAUUUUCACUGCAAGAAGAAGUGACACUUUAUAUCAUAUGUUGGGGUGAAUGGUAUAAAGAAGUCACUUCCUUAGACUUAAACAACUUGAUUUAUUUAGUAUUAAUUUCGCCUUUUGUGGACUGGUUAGGUAAGGGAACUCAUCAGUUUGAGUUGUAGAAUCAAGUUUCUGUGGGUUCACUUUCCCUCAACUGAGAUGUGCAGUUUCAUACGAAAAGGUGGACAUUGGCAAAUGCACUAGGCGGGAAAAGACCUCUCUACCCUUUUUGCCUGCUUUAAGAGUUUAUUUGAAAACCAUGGCAUAUCAUCAUAUAAUCUAAAAGAUUCUUUCUUUACAUGCAACAUACCAGGCAAAAUAACAUGGGGAGGGGUGUGGCAAGAGAAAUAUCAGAAUAACUCUAUGGCAGGUGUCAUACAAGUUCAGUUUAAUUAAUACUCUCUCUUUUUUAGGGUUUUCCUCUAGUCAAGGAUGGCAGAGUUAUCCUCCAUCUAUCUGGGCCAAUAAACCAUCUGGAGGUUGGAGAAAUGUUUUUUCAGGUGAAUUAUCAGAAUAUUGAUCAGAAGAUAUGGCAUUGUUGAUUUAAAUUGAAGUGGGUAUGCUAAAAUUAACUUACAGAAAAUGAGCAGGCUGAAUUAAUAGUUUCUCAAUUAAAAAGGAACUUUUUGUAAUGUAAAUGAGCCAGAAAUCAACAGAAAUUUACAGCCAGUCCACCCUGAUCGCUAUUGUAUUACUUACAACAGAAAUUUUUUUUUGGUAUGCAUACACGUUUUUUUUCAUAAUUGCGGGGGGUGGGGAAGAGGGGUGCUAAACUAAUCAAAAUUCCAUUAUAUAGUUUGAUUGACAGAUCAGUAACAUAAAUUGUCUUGUGCACCAUGUACAGUGCUGGACGGGAAUUCAGGUCACUUUAUGUUCAUCAAGUGGCGAGCUUAACUUGUUUAAUUUUUUUUUUGGCUUUUUUUUUUUUAAUCCUAGGUUGGGCACACCACACCAGGGACAUUGACGCUGAAGUUUGCUAAGCCAAGUGGUAACACUGUGUUCUUACAGCCGUCAAUCAUUGAGGAAAUCGAAUAUCACUUGGCAUUUACCCAACAAUACCUUCAUCAGCUACGGAAGGAAGCCGGUACAUCAGGUGAUAACUUAAUGCAGCUGCUAGUGGUUUCUACAGUAAAUGGCCAGGACUGUGCUACUGAAAAGAUAAGGGUAGAUGGAAUAAUGCCGUACACGUUUGGACAUGGUGGAAGCAAAACACCAUCCUCAAAAAUAGAUCAGUCAGUCGGUGAUGGAAGUCCUUCGUAUUGUCAACCUGAAGAAAAUUCGGAUCCACCUAUUUACCAGGCAGUGAAAGACCCAACCGCGCUAAAUUACAAUGAUACACGACUUCAACAAGAACACGUCUUAGGUGCGGAAGGAGGCAAUCCUCCAGAGGACAAAGGGCAGCAAUCCCUUAAGGUGGGACCAUCCCCAGAUAGAGGAGAAAAGAACCCACCAUACCCUUCUAUUCAUCAGGCAGUUAGCCAUCAAAACACAUCGGAUACUGGUGCUAAGGAGCUCUCAUCAGGUACAAGUGUGAAGAAUCCACCUUAUCCUCCAAUUCACCGAGCGGUUAGAGAUCAAAUUACACCAAAGGACACGGGACAACGACUCUUGAAGGAGAAUUCCUCCUCAAGUGGAGAAGAAAAGAAUCCAUCCUAUCCUUCUAUUCACCAGGCAGUUAGUGACCAAUGCACACCAAAAACCGAUCAGCAAGAAGACUCCUCAAAUAUAGGUACGAACAAUCCACACUAUCCUCCAAUUCAUCAGGCGGUCAGAGAUCAACCUGCACCAGAAGACACAGGACAAUUAAUCUUCAGGGAGUAUCCCCCCUCAGGUGGAGGAGAAAAUAAUCCAUCCUAUCCUUCUAUUCACCAAGCAGUUAGUGAUCAACGAACACCGGACACUGGUCAACAAGAAGACUCGUCAGCCACAGGUACGAACAAUCCAAAGUAUCCUCCAAUUCAUCAGGCAGUCAGAGAUCAACAUACACCAGAGGACAUAGGACAACGACUCUUCAAGAGGGAUCCCCCCUCUGGUGGAGGAGAAAAUAAUCCAUCCUAUCCUUCCAUUCACCAAGCAGUUAGUGAUCAACAAACACCAGACACUGGUCAGCAAGAGGACUCGUCAGCCACAAGUACGAACAAUCCAAAGUAUCCUCCAAUUCAUCAGGCAGUCAGAGAUCAACAUACACCAGAGAAAAUAGGACAACGACUCUUUAAGGAGGAUCCCCCCUCUGGUGGAGGAGAAAAUAAUCCAUCCUAUCCUUCCAUUCACCAAGCAGUUUGUGAUCAACGCACACCCGACACUGGUCAGCAAGAAGACUCCUCGGGUACAGAUAAGAACAAUUUACAGUAUCCUCCAGUUCAUCAAGCAGUCAGAGAUCAACCCACUCUAGAGAACAUAGGACAAUUACUCUUCGAGGAGGAACCCCCCUCAGGUAGAGAAGAAAAGAAUCCAUCCUAUCCUUCUCUUCACCAGGCAGUUGGUGAUCAACGCCUACCAGACACUAGUCAGCAAGAGUCUUCAAGUACAGGUACGAACAAUCCACAGUAUCCUCCAGUUCAUCAAGCAGUCAGAGAUCAAUUUACUCCAGAGGACAUAGGACAACGACUCUUCAAGGAAGAACCCCCCUCAGAUGGAGCAGAGAGGAAUCCGUCUUACCCUUUCAUGCACCAGGCAAUCAGUGAUCAACACACAACACACGAUCAGCAAGAACAAUCAUUAAGGGCAGGGGGAAACAAUCCACAAUAUCCUCCAAUUCACCGAGCAGUCAGAGAUCAACCCACAACAGAAGACGUAGAUCAACGACCCCCGCGGACGGAACAGUCCUCAGAUGGAGGAGAAAAGAAUCCAACAUACCCUUCCAUUCAUCACGCAGUUGACGAUCGAAGUGAACUACACGCGGGUCAUUUGAGAAACUCUCCAGGCGCAGGUGCAAACAAUCCACCAUACCCUCCCAUUCAUCAAGCAGUUAGCGAUCAGCCACCAGACUCCAGAGACCAUGAGCACUCAUCAAAUGCAAGUGAAGCCGAUACUUCCCAGCGCGUACCUAGAGGUCAGAAUAUAACGGAAAACACUGGGCGCCAAAAUACAGGAGCUCAAGUGAUUGACGCAGUUGGGAACAACCCAACAUAUCUCCCUCCUAAAGCAGUGGCAUCUGCGUCCGCGUGUUCUGCUCAGGCUGUUGGAAAUAACUCAGCAUAUCUUCCUCCACAAGCACAGCGAUAUACGGCCAAAGGUUGUCCUACUAAGUCGGAACAGGUAUCGUCUGAUGCUGGUAGAAGUGAUUCCCCUCAUUGUAAUAGUCGUAAUUCAACCACUUCAAUAGCAAUCGCAGAUCCUUACAGGUUUCUUGAAGAUGAAGAGUGUCAGUUUUAA